GGUAUGCAAAGGAGGCGUUGCACGUUUCAGAAAAACGACUUCUUCCCGGAGGAGUCGUUUAAGAGUUGGAGCAACUAUGGGCAGUCGCUAAAAAAUACUCCGCAGAGGCUGAAGGAUCGGAUCUUAACGCGAUCCAGUGAGCACGAGGAAGUGGUGGAGAUGAAGGCGAGGAGUGGCCACGAGAUGAAGAGGACUCUAAAUUGGUGGGAUCUCAUGUGGUUGGGUGUCGGAUGUGUCAUCGGCGCCGGAAUAUUCGUUCUCACCGGAGUCGAGGCCAGAGAGGUUGUCGGUCCCGCGGUGAUAUUGUCUUAUGUGGUUUCUGGUGUCUCCACCUCGCUCUCAGUCUUUUGUUACACCGAGUUUGCUGUCGAAAUUCCCGUUGCCGGUGGGUCAUUUUCCUACUUAAGAGUUGAGCUAGGAGACUUUGUAGCCUUCAUAGCUGGUGGAAACAUCCUUCUAGAAUAUGUAGUAAGUUGUGCCGCUGUAGCACGGUCAUGGACCUCAUACUUUGCCACCCUUUGCAACAAAAGCCCUGAUGAUUUUCGCAUAGUGGUCCAUAACAUGAACCCUGAUUAUGGCCACCUUGACCCUAUAGCAGUUGCAGUCCUUAUAAUAAUAUGCCUGAUUAUAGUCUACACCACCAAAGGCUCUUCAGUCUUCAACUACAUUGCCUCAGUGGUUCACAUGAUCAUCAUUGUCUUCAUUAUCAUUGCUGGUCUCAUCCAUGCCAAACCUGAAAAUUAUGUGCCCUUUGCUCCCUAUGGUGUUAGGGGUAUAUUCCAAGCUUCAUCCGUGCUUUACUUUGCUUAUGUGGGCUUUGAUGCUGUUUCAACCAUGGCUGAAGAGACCAAGAACCCAUCAAGGGACAUUCCAAUUGGUCUUCUUGGUGCAAUGGUGAUUACCACAGUGGCAUAUUGCUUGCUAGCAGCCACACUAUGCCUUAUGCAACCUUACAAUAGAAUUGACAUAGAUGCACCUUUUUCAGUUGCGUUCAGUGAUAUAGGGUGGGAUUGGGCCAAGUAUAUUGUUGCAUUUGGUGCUUUGAAAGGGAUGACCUCUGUGUUGUUGGUGAGUGCAGUGGGUCAAGCUCGUUAUUUAACCCACAUUGCACGCACCCACAUGAUGCCCCCUUGGUUUGCUCAUGUGGAUGAGAAGACUGGGACACCUGUGAAUGCUACAAUUGCAUUGAUUGUGGCCACAGCUAUAAUUGCUUUUUUCACUGAACUUGAAAUUCUCUCUAACCUCUUGUCAAUUUCCACUCUCAUCAUCUUCAUGUUAGUUGCAGUUGCCCUCAUUGUGCGUAGGUACUAUUCAAGUGGGGUGACAACAAAGGAGAACCAAAUCAAGCUCAUAGUGUUUCUUGUGUUAAUUAUGGGCUCUUCAUGUGGCGCUUCAUGUUAUUGGGCACUUAGUAAUGGUUGGAUUGGCUAUGCUAUAUUUGGAUUUAUUUGGGUUGUGUCUACUGGAGGGCUUUGGUUUCUUGUUCCACAAAUGAAGCAGCCAAAAGUUUGGGGCGUGCCUUUAGUUCCAUGGCUACCUUCGAUAUCUAUUUUUGCUAACAUAUUUCUUCUUGGAUCAAUAGAUAAAGAUUCAUUUAUCAGGUUUGGUAUCUGGACAGUACUUCUCUUGGUUUACUAUAUCCUCUUUGGGUUACAUGCUUCAUAUGACACAGCUAAGGAAUUUAAGACAGAAAGUAUCGUUGAAAAGGAGUUAGUUUGA